AUGGUAAUGGGUGGCUCGGGGCUAGUGGGGCCAGCCGCCUAAGUAGGGCUGGGACUCCUCUGUCCCGACCCACCGGACUACACAAUGGGCUGAGGCGGUGGCGGCUGCCCAGACGAGGUCGUCUGCCGCCGGCGAGGCUCGCGACACUGGUCUGGGACCAUAAGACAUCUGGUUUGAGGAGCGGGCGGUACCGAGGUUUUCUUGGGUCUCGGGACAGACCUGUGGGCGACUGCAGUAUUGCGGGAACCUCCUAUUUGACACGAGCAUGACAGGAAGUGGGAAGAACAACCCUCGCCCCCAUGACGGAUGUUGACAGAAGAAGUCGAGCUUAAGAAUGGAGAUGUAUGAAACCCUUGGAAAAGUGGGAGAGGGAAGUUAUGGAACAGUUAUGAAGUGUAAACAUAAGGAUACCGGGCAGAUAGUGGCCAUUAAGAUAUUUUAUGAGAAACCAGAAAAAUCUGUCAACAAAAUUGCAAUGAGAGAAAUAAAGUUUCUAAAGCAAUUCCAUCAUGAAAAUUUGGUCAAUCUGAUUGAAGUGUUCAGACAGAAAAAGAAAAUUCAUUUGGUGUUUGAAUUUAUUGACCACACAAUAUUAGAUGAAUUACAACAUUAUUGUCAUGGACUAGAGAGUAAACGACUUAAAAAAUACCUCUUCCAGAUCAUUCGAGCAAUUGAAUAUCUUCACAAUAAUAAUAUCAUUCAUCGGGAUAUAAAACCUGAGAAUGUUUUAGUAUCCCAGUCAGGAAUUACUAAACUCUGUGAUUUUGGAUUUGCACGAACGCUAGCAGCCCCUGGGGACAUUUAUACAGACUAUGUGGCCACGCGCUGGUAUAGAGCUCCAGAAUUAGUAUUAAAAGAUACCUGUUACGGAAAGCCUGUGGAUAUCUGGGCUUUGGGCUGUAUGAUCAUUGAGAUGGCCACUGGAAAUCCCUUUCUUCCUAGCAGCUCUGAUUUGGACUUACUUCAUAAAAUUGUUUUAAAAGUAGGCAAUUUGACACCUCAUUUGCAGAAUAUCUUUUCCAAGAGUCCAGUUUUUGCUGGAGUGAUCCUUCCUCAAGUUCAACACCCCAAAAAUGCAAGAAAAAAGUACCCAAAGCUAAAUGGAUUGUUGGCAGAUGUUGUUCAUGCUUGUUUACAAAUUGAUCCUGCUGAGAGAAUAUCAUCUACUGACCUUUUGCAUCAUGAGUAUUUUACCAGAGAUGGAUUUAUUGAAAAAUUCAUACCGGAACUAAGAGCUAAAUUACUACAAGAAGCAAAAGUCAAUUCACUCAUAAAGCCAAAAGAGAAUUCUAAAGAAAACGAAUUUAUGAAAGAUGAAAGAAAAACAAUUUAUACUAAUACACUGCUAAAUACUUCACUUUUGGGAAAGGAAAUGGAAAAAGAGAAAAAGCCCAAGGAAAUGAGAGUCAGAGUUACCAAAGUCAAAGGAGGAAAUACCUUAGAACCAAAAAAGACAGAGUAUGAAAGUGGACAUGGUCAACAAGAUGCAACUAAAAAUGCUCAUGCUGUAGCUCAAGAUACAAAACUUGUAAUCAGUGAGCCACCAGACCCUGCCAUGCCCAGCACUAACUCUAAUGGCAUGAAAGACAGUCUACAUGCCGGAGGUAGUAUGAUGAUGCCACCUAUUAACCUAACUGGCAAUAAUUUGUUGGCUUCCAAUCACAACGCAAAUCUCUCCCACUCCAGUUCAAGGUUAACUGAAAGAGCAAAAAAGAGACGUACUUCACAGUCUAUUGGACAAGUUAUGGCUAAUAGGCAAGAGGAUACGGGUCCCACUCAAAGCCAAAUGGAGAUAGCUACAUUUAAUGAGCACACAGGUCAAAGUGACCAAAUGGCAAAUGGAAACAAAAGGAAGCUGAAUUUUCCCAGACCUGACAGGAAAGAAUUCCACUUCCCAGAACUGCCCUUCAUAAUACAGUCAAAAGAGACGAAAAGAAUGGAAGUUAAACAGAUAAAAGUGCUGAAGAGGGAAUCAAAGAAAACAGAUUCAUCUAAAAUACCAACUUUACUUAAUAUGGAUCAAAAUCAAGAAAAACAAGAGAAUACAGGAAAUGCACAAACUGAAAGGAAGAAGAACCCGCCCGAUGUAGAGUAGAAAAUGCAGCAGCUGAAAAUUCAGGGAAUCCCAGAAUCACUGUAUGGUUUUUUAAAACAAUCCUUUUUUAAAUAUUACAUGCACAAAAAUGUUGACUAAUAAUUCUACAGAUAUAUUAUAAAAUCUGUGAAGUUAUGUGUGUAUUCACCUAAUUUGUUUUUAAAUGUAUUAACUUUAAAUUAUUCAUGUUUUCUUAAUUUGAACAUUAAUUUAUGAAAACUGCUUGACUGGUACAUUCUAAUAUAACUACAGCUUACGUUUAGUUAUAUAAUUUUAUCUGAUGGUAUCUCAGUUCAUGUUUCAUUGGCAGUCCUUCUUGGCUUUAGUCCUGAGCACACCAGACACUUCUGAGCAAACACAUACACUUGAUAAGCAGGCAACACGGGUUUGAUUGCGCACUGAACACUUGGAAACGGCGUUUAAACAUAUUGUGGCGGCUGUGUUUAAUAAGGGUGGAAGUUGAGCAAAGCACUGAAGCGACUCUUUUGGCUUGACCAGCAUGUUUAUCACCUAGUAGUUUGAUAGACUAUGUUGUUACAUAUAAUUUAACAUUAAUAGGCAGAGUUUUGGCAGCAUAUAUUUACAUUCUUAUCUCUGGUUCUUACUUGGUUUCCGAUUUUAGGGUGGAGAUGGCCAUUGUGAAGGGCGGAGUUUGAAGAGGAACGUAUUUUUUUUGUGGUAGUGUCUUUGAAAUCUUAAACUACAAAUUGGCAUGUCUUCCCUUUUUGUUUCACAUGCGAUAGGAAUGUAACGGGCUGUUAAGAUGGCCAUUCAUCCGCACUAGCAUCAUCCACCUUCAUUUUGUUAGCAGACAGGUCACUGUUUUCUCCUUUCCUCUAAGGACUCUGUCGAUGUAACGCUCUGAUUGGGAAUUAAAGUCAUCUCCUGUCUGCCUGCCUCUUUCCUUGCCAUGAUUCAUGAGUAGGUAACAUCCUGUCACAGGGCACACACGGUACUUCGCUGAUCUCUGCCCUCUGCUGGUCAAGUACCCUUAACUGUCAGUCGUUUCCUAGGAGGCUUAGGCUUUCCAAAGUGAGUUCUUAAUGAAAUAUCUGACCCAUUGUUUUAAAAGCUAUUCAAUACAAUAAAUUAAAUAAAACAAAAGCUGUUUAUUGCCAUUACAUGAUUAAACCUAUGUUCUGUUAGUCAGCUAUGAAAGUAUUUAUUACAUUUAUAAAGGAUCUGUAAAUUAUAUGGUAUUCAAAUGUUAAUUAUUUUGUUAUGCUUUUAAAUGACUAUUAGUGGUCUUCCUUUUCUGUUUAAUAAAAUAAACUAUAUACAACCCUGAAGAAGUAUAUACCAAAAUUCUCAAUUGUCCUAUAGUUCAAAAACAAUA